AUGGCCGAUCUACCAUCACGCAGUGUAGCUUUGACCAUCGUGGAGUCCAGCUUUAUGACUGCACUGAACAUUUUUUCGCUGGGAGGCAACAUCUUGGUGUGUAUAGCCGUGUACAGGAAUACAAGACUACGUUCUACCACUAACAUUUACAUCAUUGCGUUGGCUAUCAGCGAUCUUUUGAGCGCCAUUUUCGUCAUGCCGUUUGCAGCCGGAGUGCUCAUUUCAGGAAAAUGGCCCUUUGGUAAAGUACUUUGCCAGAUAAACGCCUUUUUCAGCCUAUUUGUUGUGUACGUUUCACCUGUGACGAUGGGUUUGACAGCAGUUAACAGAUACAUGAGAAUAUGCAAGUCAGAUAUGGAGUAUAAACGGUUCUUCUCCCCAAUAAAAUCCCGCCUCAUGCUGGCCUUUGUAUGGGGCUUAAUUGCUUGUUACAUACUACUUCCUCGCUUGGCUGGUGUACAACGUUUUCAAUUUGUGCCAGAGUAUGCCGCGUGCUUGAGCCAACAGCUGGCUGCAUCUAGCAAGAUAGCUCAUUUUUUUGACAUCGUUGGCUUGUUUUUCCUUCUUCCCCUGGCGGUGACGAUUUUCAGCUACAGAAAAGUCUCCAGAAAGAUCCAGGAACACAACAUUAAUUUAGCGAUGACCCAUCAAAGACGGGAUGUCAAUUUUAGCGCACAUGAAAUCCGAAUAAGCAAGUCAUUAUUCGUCGUAGUAUUUGCCUUUAUGUUAUGCUGGGUUCCUGCUUGGUUGAUUACCAUCCUUGCAUACUUUGUAGGAAAAGUACCUCGCAAUGUUCAACUGUUGUGUGCUUUCUUCGUAAAUUUGUCAAACGCCAUUAAUCCUUUCAUUUACGCCGGAAUGAAUCCGUUGUUUAGGUUAGAGUUCACAAGAAUACUCCAUUGUGCAUACAACAAAAAAAUUCGCAAUGAAUCGGGCUCGCACGCCGAUUACAAUCAACAGGGAUCGAAAAUAAAAAUCACAACAAAAAGUACGUAAUCGUUAAGUGAGGAAUUCGAUUUUCAGGAACGAAGUAUCAUGGGCGUGAAAGCAUGCCACAGGCCGUGUACAAAUACACUGAUUAAUACUCAGUUUCGAGGUUAACCGAUGUCAUCAUUGUGAAGUUUCAUAUUAACGUAUACCUCUCUUUUAAAAGCAUCACAGUUACUUGUAUCCUUAAAGUUAUUGCUGGUCAGCAAUUGCUGAGCUGUUGUAAAUUUGUGCAGAAAUAACUGUCAGUUAGUGAUAUUCAUAUUUCAACUUUGAAUUUACGAACUGGGGUCGAAAGCAAACCUCUGAGAUAGCCACCUGCUCACCUUUCUCACCGCAAUCAAAACCGAAUAGUCCUAAAUCAAAUAACGAUAUUAGAAACGUGACGUCUUUGGUAACUUGAGAUCAUCGUACAUAUAUUUCGUGAGAUAAAAAAUUUUAGUGAUAGCGUUCUUGGCGUAAGGAAUACUUAUUACAGGAUGACAAUCCUUUGAUGAUAUAAUUUCGCAAAUGCACACACUCUUUUAACUAAUUGUUGUGUACGUCUCACCAUUAGCAAUGCGUGUUACAGCGGUCAAUAGUAAAGUGCGAACCCCAUCUCAAAUUCUUCAGUCAAAUUUUGCAAUACACCACAUUUCAGCACUGUAGACUCCUACUCUACACGCUUGCCUAAGUUCUUUCUUCUUAACAGUGGUCGUUUUUGUUUUAGUUAAUCAAAUUAAGCUUAUAUGAGAAACUUGAAUCCUAGCUUUAAAGACGUCGGUGUUAUAAUCCUCAGUACGGAUUCCGCUUGGACUGAUUUUGGUGGAAGGAACCUAUGUGUCAAAAGCAAUGAGUUACAACACGGAAGCAUAAAAUAUUUUAUUUAGUCCCAUCGACCUACGAAUGGAUUUGCCGUACUUUAAUUUGUCUUUAAAAUAGAAUCAUCGGCAUCAAAACCGAUGAUCCUUUGCACCCUAACAUCAAUAUGCAUACUCUCCAUACUGCUCUGUAUGCAUUUUCAAAAGUGCUGACAAGGAGAAUGUGUUUAACAAUCCAGAGCUUCUUUAAUGGGUUAUCAUUCCCUUUAAUCUCGUGACCUUAAUGCCGUUUAUGAAGUUGGUGGGCUACUAACAGGAAAGCAUAAUAAACAGGAGCUAUAAUGCAUAAUUUGUUGUGGAAGGAGGCCAUUAUCCGUUUUAAAAAUGCGUGUGAAUAACUCUUCGUAAGGUUUAUAGUAUAGUUAUAUCUUAACCGCGCAUACAGGCGUUCGAUGAUCCAAAGUGAGCAAAUGAAGUAAAAAUUUCCAUCUCUUUCCCAGAUCGAAAAUAAAGAAAGAGAUACAGUUUGACGAAAGAAAACAAGGCCAGCGGAAAAAGCCAGCACAAGAGUUUCAUUUUUUAAUCUUUGUUACUUUAUAUAGAAGAAAAACGAAAUCGUUUUCUAGAGUCCACAGGUAUUGACAUUAUAAAGCUAAUCUCGAAUGCUACUCCGGAAACUAAAGAACAUUCAAACAAAUUUUUAGUGAACAUGCGAUACGAAAUUUAAUGGAAGGGUUAUAAAAUAAAUAAGCAACAUCUGAUUUGCUGGUAUAUCGGCUGAUAAUACACCUGGCUGAGAGACUGUCCUAAAAAUUUCAUAUUUUCCCUCGAGGCUUCGCUUCUCGACCAAAUAUUCAUUUUCCGGACAACAUUUCAGCCGCCUCGUCUAAAGGGGUUUAUUUCCUGCAUAUUCUUCACUGGUUUAGCUGGGGCAUAUUCCAUCAUCAUGUGAUACGUUUCGAGCAAUUGUGGGCAAGCAAAAAUAUUUAAUGGAUCAUAACUUCCGAGACAGAGUAGAAAGCGUCAAAAGCAUUGAUUUAAAUUAUCCGCGCAAUUGCUUUCCUUUCGAAUAAAUUCAAAAAUCGCCAACUGCUGCACGACGUUUUCACAUCCGUUGCUUCUUUCACUGGAUUCGCUUAAUUAGUGCGCAUUUAUCGCUUUCAUCGCAUAAAGGCCAUCAUCACAAAAAACAUCAAGAACACAGAUAAGAUCUACAUCUCGCCGGUUGUCAAAAAGGUUAAAGAAGAUGUUAUAUUCAAAAUGAGGCUUCCUUUUCUUAAUUUUCCAAUUCGUCCUUAUGAAGAUCUCCCCUUGCCCUUCAAAGAGUCUGACUAAUAUUUGAUUUGAACUAACAUACAUUGGUAUCUCCAGAAUUGCGAAAAGAUGCUGACCGAUAUGUUAUGUCAAAUGAAGCAGUGGGUGAAAAUUAAAAUCCGCGGCGAAAACUCUCGAUCUUCUAUCACGCAUGCGCGGUACAGAGUUGACUUUGGCUCCGACGGGAUGUAUUUAGUUAAAAGUGUUAAACGUGGAGGUGUCAUUCUUUUUUUUUCUUUUUUUCCAUUCUUUCUUUUUGUUCCUUGAUACAACAAUUUACCAUCAACAACUUAACACGAAUCACUUUCUGCCAUUUGAUAAUCUGUCGCAGAAUUAAUGACAAACAUGUUUACCCGUUGUAAACACUGCGUGUUAUGAAUAUGACCAGAAUUUUCAUUAACAGCGUGAAUUUUUUGAAGCGGAAAGGAAAGAAAAAAUUGGUUGUUCGUGCUUUUUACUUGAAAUAGUUCUCACCAUGUAUUUUAUUCAAUUGUUGUGGGAUGAUGCUUAAUUACCUUUUUCACCAAAAAUAAGCAGAUCAAAAUUUUUACAAAAUGACGAUGAAAAGUCAUCUUUUCGACGUGCAAAUAAAAUCGAAUAUCUUUCUCUCUUAUACAAUAACCAUAUUGAAUGUCCAAAGCUAGAGAUACUGCUGGCUACAUAAAGGAUAGUGUACUUUUUCUAGAAAGCGUCGAAAGUAUUCGGUCUAAUAUUGCAUUGUUUUACUUCAUCGCUCCUUAUGAAUGGUGUAGAAAACUUGCGCCAACAUUUUAAUGGACAGAGACAAGCUAAAAACAAUCAACGGUUGGUCACCUGUUUUACUUUGAAGGAUCAGCGGCACCUGUCAAUAAAUUCCUCGGUUCUGUUUGGUUUUGAUGCCCCUGAGAUGAUUAAUUUACUUGAGAAUGUGGCACCUGCAAAUAACAAAACCGAGAUCUUACGCUUGGCAGGAAGUUAGUCAUGUUGGGUAUCACCGGUGAGUCAAACGCUCCUCCAGCUGCCCACGAAGCUUAAAAAGUAUAACUAACAUAAGGCCUUCCUAGCUACAAUCAACACCUUUCAUUUUUGGAAACCAAUUGAACGAAGAUUUCCUCAGAAAAUAAGUGGGAACCAAUAUACUUCAUUUGACACAAGCCCAUUAGAAACCAGCUUAGGACAAACAUUCGUCUCAUCCCCUGAAAUAAUAGAAGAAAAGCAAAGUUGCAGCAACAACGAUAACACUCCAAAUAAAAUGGCCGAUCUACCAUCACGCAGUGUAGCUUUGACCAUCGUGGAGUCCGGCUUUAUGAUUGCGCUGAAUAUUAUGUCUCUGGCAGGCAACAUCAUGGUGUGUAUAGCCGUGUACAGGAAUACAAGACUACGUUCUACCACUAAUAUCUACAUCAUCGCGUUGGCUAUUAGCGAUCUGUUGAGCGCCAUUUUCGUCAUGCCGUUUGCAGCCGGAGUGCUUAUUUCCGGAAGAUGGCCCUUUGGUAGAGUACUUUGCCAGAUAAAUGCCUUUUUCAGCCUAUUUGCUGUGUACGUUUCACCUGUUACGAUGGGUUUGACAGCAGUUAACAGAUACAUGAGAAUAUGCAAGUCAGAUAUGGAGUAUAAACGGUUCUUCUCCCCAAUAAAAUCCCGCCUCGUGCUGGCCUUUGUAUGGGGCUUAAUUGCUGGUUACAUCCUGUUUUCUCGCUUGGCUGGUCUACAAGGCUUUCAAUUUGUACCAGAGUAUGCCGCGUGCUUGAGCCAACAUCUGGCUGCAUCUAGCAAGAUAGCUCAUUAUUUUGUGGUCGUUGACUUGUUUUUCCUCCUUCCCCUGGCGGUGACGAUUUUCAGCUACAGAAAAGUCUCCAGAAAGAUCCAAGAACACAACAUCAAUUUAGCAAUGACCCAUCAAAGUCAAAGACGGGAUGCCCAUUUCAGUGCACAUGAAAUCCGAAUAAGCAGGUCUUUAUUCGUCGUAGUAUUUGCCUUCAUGUUAUGCUGGGUUCCUGCUUGGUUGAUUACCAUCCUUGCACGCUUUGUGGGAAAAGUACCUCGCAAUGUUCAACUGAUGUGCGCUUUCUUGAAUUUGUCUAACACCGUUAAUCCUUUCAUUUACGCCGGAAUGAAUCCGUUGUUUAGGUUAGAGUUCAAAAGAAUACUCCACUGUGCAUACAACAAUAAAAUUCGCAAUGAAUCGGGCUCGAAUGCCGAUGACAAUCAACAGCUAUCGACUCAAAGAACCGUCGCCUUUGCUCAAAACACCACACAGCACCACACCUUGUAAAUUACUAAGCGCCAGUAUCGUCCAGGAAGUUAACAUGAACAAUCGACGAAAAUAAAAAUCAAAACAAAAAGUAUGUAAUCGUUAAGUGAGGUAUUCGAUUUAAAAGAACGAAAUAUCAUAGGCGUGAAAGUAUACAAUCAUGCCACAGGCCGUGUAAAAUACACUGAUUAAUACUUUCGAGGGUAAAAGAUGUCAUCAUUGUGAAGUUUCGUAUUAACGUAUACCUCUCUUUUAAAAGCAUUACAGUUACUUGUAUCUUUAAAGUUAUUGCUAGUCAACAAUUGCUGAGCUUUUGUAAAUUUGUACAGAAAUAACGGUUAAGGAUCUUCAUAUCUCAACUUUAAAUUUACGAACUGGGGUCGAAAGCAAACCUCUAAGAUAGCCACCUGCGCACGUUUCUCGCUGCAAUCAGAACCGAAAAGUCCUAAAUCAAAUAACGAUAUUAGAAACGUGACUUUUUUGGUUACUUGAAAUCAUUGUACAUAUAUUUCGUGAGACUAACAAUAGAACCGUUACAGUUAGAUACAUUGGUAAAUAGAUCCACGGAACGUUCUUGGCGUCAGGAGUGCUUAUUACAGGAAAACAACCCUUAGGUGAUAUAAUUUUCCAGACACACACACCUUUUAACUACUUGUUGUGUACGUCUCAUCAUUAGCAAUGCGUGUUACAGUAAUCAAUAGUAAAGUGUGAGACCCUAUCUAAAAUUUCUCAGCCAAAUUUCCAAUACACUACAUUUCAGCACUGUAGACUCCUUGGUAAGGACUACUCUACACGCUCGCUUAAGUUCUUUCUUCUUAAAAGUGAUCGUUAUUUGUUUUAGUUAAUCAAACUGAGCUUAUAUGAGUACCUUGCAUCCUAGCUUUAAAGACUUCGGUGUUAUAAUCCUCAGAGCGGAUUCCGCUUAGACUCAUUUUGGUGGAAGGAGGAAAAGAUUGAAAAAAAAUUCGUCAACUUAUUCUUAAAAGAUAAAUGAAACGUUCACUUUUAAGCAGACACGACAGAGAUAGAGAGAAACUGCAGACAGGACGAAGUUGUACUCUGUUACAGAAAAAAAUAGCUUCAAAACUUGGCUUUAAAAAUAUUUACAAAUGACAGUGGGGCAGUGGCCCAAAGACGAUAAACAAACGAUUUACAGCACCUUUAUUGUUCUCAAAAUAGAAUCAUUAGCACUGUUAGAGAUAAUACGAGGUCUCACAUAUAAACCAGCUAUCUAAAAGACAUUGUUGAGAGACAUGGGAUUAAACCUAUGUGUCAAAAGCAAUGGGUUACAACACGGAAGCGUAAAAAAUGGAUCUGCAAUUCCUUAUAUCUCGCAAAAUGAUCAUCAUUAGCUGUUCUAGAAUUAUUUUAAUGAAAUCUUUUUAAUGUGUGAUUUAUAACAAACCUGCGAGGUCAAAUAGAAAGGAAGAUGUCUCUCCAUUUUUAAAUCGCUCAUUCCGUGUAUUCAUUGUAGGGAUUCUGAUGAGACACAAGCAAAUUGGGCUUUAUUAUUUUUCACGGUAAGUGUCUCUGAGAAGUAGGUGUAAAACCAACGCGAUCUACAACGCACAAAAGAUGUCAUCAAUUAGCUUUUUGAAGGUUGAAAAUGGAGGAGAUUCUGAGAAUGAUUAAUAAUGAUGGGAAUGGCUAUCAUUAAGGGAUAGAGGUUGAUAUUUCUAGCGAUUGAACGUAAUUAUAAUCAUUAGUGCUUAAGUCAAAUUAUCAUUAAUGAGAAUGUAAUGCACAUCAGAGAAUGUAUGCUUGUCGAUUUAUCACCAUUACACAAAAGUGUUCCUCGGAAACGUCUCAAACUUUCUUGAUAAGUGCUUUCUGUUUCUGCAUCAAUUUCUUUCUUUAUGGUAUUUCAUGAAUAGCACUCUCUUACUAACAUCAUUCUGAGGAAGCUCUCUUUAUAACUUAUAAAAGAACUGAUUUCUGUCUCUACGGUGAGUCAAAUUUUCUCCCAACUGUUUGAGAAAGUCAAGGUAUUCUUAAGAUUAUGGCAGUUUCUUGUCUUAUUUACCAAACCAUUUAUACUAGUAAUCUUUUGUUUUGAGAAAGUUAGCGCGCGGAUAUUUCAUUUAGCCCAUCGACCUACGAAUGCAUUUGCCGUACUUUAAUUUUUCUUUAAAAUAGAAUCAUCGGCAUCAGAACUUAUGUAAGAACGUGGAAAUAGACCUGAUAAUAAAAAGGAAACUAUUAAUCCUUUACACCCUAACAUCAAUAUGCAUACUCCCCAUACUGCUCUGUAUGCAUUUUCAAAAGUGCUGACAAGGAGAAUGUGUUUAACAAUCCAGAGCUUCUUUAAUGGGUUAUCGUUCCCUUUAAUCUCUGACCUUAAUGCCGUUUAUGAAGUUGGUGGGCUACUAACAGGAAAGCAUAAUAAACAGGAGUUAUAAUGCAUAAUUUGUUGUGGAAGAAGGCCGUUAUCCGUUUUAAAAAUGCGUUUGAAUACCUCUUCGUAAGGUUUAUAGUAUAGUUAUAUCCUAACCGCGCAUACAAGCGUUCGAUGAUCCAAAGUGAGCAAAUUAAGUAAAAAUUUUCAUCCCUUUCCCAUAUCGAAAAUAAAGAAAGAGAUUCAGUUUGACGAAAGAAAACAAGGCCAGCGGAAAAAGCCACCAUAAGAGUUUCAAUUUUUAAUCUUUGUUACUUUACAUGGAAGAAAAACGAGCUCAUUUUCUAGAGUCCACAGGUAGUGACAUGAAAAAGCUAAUCUCGAAUGCUACCCCGGAAACUAAAAAACAUUCAAACAAAUUUUUAGUCAACCUUCGAUGCUAAAUUUAAUAAAUGGGUUAUAUAAUAAAUAAGCAACAUCUGAUUUGCUGGUAUAUCGGCUAAUAAUGCCCCUGGCUGAGAGAUUGUCCUAAAAAUUUCAUAUUUUCCCUCGAGGUUUCGCUUCUCGAUCAAAUAUUCAUUUUUCGGACAAUAUUUCAGCUGCCUCGUCUAAAGGGGUAUAUUUCCUGCAUAUUCUUCACUGGUUUAGCUGGGGCAUAUUCCAUCAUCAUGUGAAACGUUUCGAGUAAUUGCGGGCAAGCAAAAAUAUUUGAUGGAUCAUAACUUCCGAGACAGAGUAGAAAGCGUCAAAAGCAUUGAUUUAAAAUACCCGCGCAAUUGCUUUUCUUUCGAAUAAAUUCCAAAAUCCUCAACUGCUGCACGACGUUUUUACAUCCGUUGUUUCCUUCACGCGCAUUUAUCGCCUUCAUCACAUAAAGGCCAUCAUCAUAAAAAACAUCAAGAACACAGAUAAGAUCUACAUCUCGCCGGCUCUCAAAAAGGUUAAAGAAGAUGUUAUAUUCAAAAUGAGGCUUCCUUUUCUUAAUUUUCCAAUUCGCCCUUAUGAAAGUCUCCCCUUGCCCUUCAAAGAGUCUGACUAAUAUUUGAUUUAAACUAACAUACAUUGGUAUCUACAAAAUUAAGAAAAGAUGCUGACCAAUAUGUUAUGUCAACUGAGGCAGUAGAUGAAAAUUAAAAUCCGCGGAGAAAACUCUCGAUCUUCUAUCACGCAUGCGGAAUACAGAGUUGACUUUGGUUCCCACGUGAUGUUCUCAGUCAAAAGUGUUAAACGUGGAGGUGUCAUUCUUUUUUUUUCUUUUUUUUCCAUUCUUUCUUUUUGUUCCUUGAUACAACAAUUUACCAUCAACAACUUAACACGAUUCACUUUCUGUCAUUUGAUCGUCUGUCACAGAAUUUAAGACAAACAUGUUUACCUGUUGUAAACACUGAGUGUUAUGAAUAUGACCAGAAUUUACAUUAACAGCCUGACUUUUUUGAAGCGGAAGGUAAAAAAAUUGGCUGUUUGUGCUUUUUACUUAAAAUAGUUCUCACCGUGUAUUUUAUCCAAUUUUUCGUGGGAUGAUGCUUAAUUACUUUUUCACUAAAAAUAAGAAGAUCAAAAUUUUUACAACAUGGCGAUGAAAAAUCAUCUUCUCGAGGUGCAAAUAAAAUCGAAUACCUUUCUCUCUUAUACAAUAACCAUAUUGAAUUUCCAAAGCUAGAGAUACUACUGGCUACAAAAAGGAUAGUGUACUUUUUCUAGAAAGCGUCGAAAGUAUUCGGUCUAAUAUUGCAUUGUUUUACUUCAUCGCUCCUUAUGAAUGGUGUAGAAAAUUUGCGCCAACGUCUUAAUGGACAGAAACAAGCUAAAAACAAUCCACGGUUGGUCACCUGUUUUACUUUGAAGGAUCAGUGGCGCCUGUCAAUAAAUUCCUUGGUUCUGUUUGGUUUUGAUGAUUAAUUUACUUGAGAAUGUGGCACCUGAAAAUAACAAAACCGAGAUCUUACGCUUGGCAGGAAGUUAGUCAUAUUGAGCAUCACCGGUGUGUCAAACGCUCCUCCAGCUGCCCACGAAGCUUAAAAGGUAUAAUUAACAUAAGGCCUUCCAUUUUUGCUUUACAGCUACAAUCAACACCUUUCAUUUUUGGAAACCAAUUGAACGAAGAUUUCCUCAGAAAAUUGGUGGGAACUAAUAUACUUUCAUUUGACACAAGCCCAUUAGAAACCAGCUUAGGACAAGCAUUCGUCUCAUCAACUGAAACAAUAGAAGAAAAGCAAAAGUUGUGGCAAUAACGAUAACACUUCAAAUAAAAUGGCUGAUCUACCAUCACGCAGUGUAGCUUUGACCAUCGUGGAGUCCGGCUUUAUGAUUGCGCUGAAUAUUAUGUCUCUGGGAGGCAACAUCAUGGUGUGUAUAGCCGUGUAUAGGAAUACAAGACUGCGUUCUACCACUAACAUUUACAUCAUCGCUUUGGCUAUCAGCGAUCUUUUGAGCGCCAUUUUCCUCAUGCCGUUUGCAACCGGAGUGCUCAUUUCAGGAAAAUGGCCCUUUGGUAGAGUGCUUUGCCAGGUAAAUGCCUUUUUCAGCCUAUUUGCUGUGUACGUUUCACCUGUGACGAUGGGUUUAACAGCAGUUAACAGAUACAUGAGAAUAUGCAAGUCAGAUAUGGAGUAUAAACGGUUCUUCUCCCCAAUAAAAUCCCGCCUCUUGCUGACCUUUGUAUGGGGCUUAAUUGCUGGUUACAUCCUGUUUUCUCGCUUGGCUGGUCUACAAGGCUUUCAAUUUGUACCAGAGUAUGCCACGUGCUUGAACCAACAUCUGGCUGCAUCUAGCAAAAUACUUCAUUAUUUUGUGGUCUUUGGCUUGUUUUUCCUUUUUCCCCUAGCGGUGACGAUUUUCAGCUACCGAAAAGUCUCCAGAAAGAUCCAGGGACACAACAUCAAUUUAGCGAUGACCCAUCAAAGUCAAAGACGGGAUGCCCAUUUCAGCGCACAUGAGAUCCGAAUAAGCAAGUCAUUAUUCGUCAUAGUAUUUGCCUUCAUGUUAUGCUGGGUUCCUACUUGGUUGAUUACCAUCCUGGUACACUUUUUGGGAAAAGUACCUCGCAAUGUUCAACUGCUAUGCGCUUUCUUCGUAAAUUUGUCAAACGCCAUUAAUCCUUUCAUUUACGCCGGAAUGAAUCCGUUGUUUAGGUUAGAGUUCAAAAGAAUACUCCACUGUGCAUACUGCAAUAAAAUUCGCAAUGAAUCGGGCUCGAACACCGAUUACAAUCAACAGGGAUCGAGUCAAAGAACUGUCGCCUUUGCUCAAAACACCACACAGCACCACACCUUGUAAAUUACUUGGCGCCAGUUUCGUCUUGGACGUGAUAAUGAACAAUCAACGAAAAUAAAAUCAAAACAAGAAGUACGCAAUCGUGAGGUGAGGAAUUCGAUUUUCAGGAACGAAAUAUCAUAGGCGUGAAAGUAUACAAUCAUGCCACAGGCCGGUGUAAAAUUACAGUGGUUAAUACUUUCGAGGAUAACAGAUGUCAUCAUUGUGAAGUUUCGUAUUAACGUAUACCUCUCUGUUAAAAGCAUCACAGUUACUUGUAUCCUUAAGGCUAUUGCUGGUCAGCAAUUGAUGAGCUGUUGUAAAUUUGUACAGAAAUAACAGUUAAUGACCUUCAUAUCUCAACUUUAAAUUUACGAACUGAGGUCGAAAGCAAACCUCUGAGACAGCCACCUGCUCACGUUUCUCACCGCAAUCAGAACCGAAAAGUUCUAAAUCGAAUUACGAUAUUAGAUACGUGACGGCGUUUGGUAACUUGAGAUCAUUGUACACAUAUUUCGUGAGAAUAACAAUUUUAGUAAUAGCGUUCUUGGCGUCAGGAGUGCUUAUUACAGGAAGACAACCCUUUGGUGAUAUAAUUUCCCAAAUGCACACACUUUUUAACUAAUUGUUGCGUACGUCUCACCAUUAGCAAUGCGUGUUACAGCCGUCAAUAGUAAAGUGCGAAACCCUAUCUCAAAUUCUUCAGCCAAAUUUCCAAUACACAAUUUCUUUCUUUAUUGUAUUUCAUGAAUAGCACACUCUUACUGUCAUCAUUAUGAGGAAGCUCUCUUUACAACUUAUAAAAGAACUGAUAUCUGUCUCUACGGUGAGUCAAAUUUUCUCCCAACUGUUUGAGAAAGUCAAGGUGUUCUUAAGAUUAAGGCAGUUUCUUGUCUUAUUUACCAAACCAUUUAUACUAGUAAUCUUUUGUUUUGAGAAAGUUAGCGCGGAUAUUUCAUUCAGUCCCAUCGACUUACGAGUUAUUUGGAACAUUUGGUUUAAACUACCGUAGUAUACCUUGUAUUCUUCACAAGCUCAUCAGGAACUGGCGAAGGAGAAAAAUACGCCACGUAAAUCAGCAUCAGCUGAAGAAACGUCGGUAACAUAUUUAAUGAUCGGAAUAAAAUGGCAGAUCUUCAAUCACGAAACGAAGCUUUGAUCAUCAUGGAUUCCGGUCAAAGACGAAAUGCCGACGUCAGCGCACAUGAAAUUCAGAUAAGCAAGUCAUUAUUCGUCGUAGUAUUUGCGUUCAUGAUAUGCUGGGUUCCCGCUUGGGUAUUUACCAUCAUGACACGUUUUGUGGGAAAAGUACCUUGCAAUGUUCAACUGUUGUGCGCUUUCUUCGUGAAUUUGUCCAACACCGUUAAUCCUUUCAUUUACGCUGGUAUGAAUUCGUUGUUUAGGCGAGAGUUUAAAGGUAUCCUUCACUGU